AUGGCACUGGCAGUGCUUCCGUUGAUUCCACUGCUCCUGGCCGAGCUGGUCGGUUCGAGUCGGCCGGAGGAGGCUUGCGGGGUGGACGCGGCUGCCAUGAGCAUGCUGCAGCUGGAGAAGGCCCAGGUGCAGCGGCAGCAGGAGUGCGGUCACCUUCUCAUCGACAAGUGCGACCCAGAGGCCAAUGCCUUAUGCGCGAAUAACUGCCGGUUUCACACGCACCGAGACGACUGCUACCGGCCUAUCCCGGACGUGUUGGCCGAACAUCCUGGGGUAGAUGGCUAUUGCUACUUCAACUACACCGCCUUCUGGGUGGCGUACGCGGGGCCGGUUCCGCACUACGAGCUGGAGGCCGUGGAGGGCAUACUGGGCCUCCGCGGCCCCUUCUACAGGGGCCUCCACACAGGUCCCGUUCUCACCUACAACUUCGAGGGCGUGGAGAAUCUGACGACCCAGAUGGACAGUCCCCACUACAGCUACGACGACCUUUAUGCGUACUCCCUGGGAUUUCUGCAGGGACAAGGUCUUGAUCCAGAGUGGAUGAAGAACAGCUCCCUGUGGAUUUCUUUGUCGAAGCAGAAAUGCGACGAGAUUCAGGCCACUUACAACUUCUCCAAGGAAGAGUUGGUGUUAGCUGACUGGCUGGACCGGAAUAUGGUGAUCUCAGCUAUGACCAUGUGCAGCGCCGGGAUGGAUGGGUCACUCUUUUCAGCCGAGAUCAAAGCGGAGGCAGGCUACCGAAAUGCGACGGAUUGCCAGCCAGUGACGCACCGCGAGUUUGCCAAGCAUCACUAUGUCAAGUGUAUGCUGGGCUAUCGGAACUCUGCCGCCGACAUGGCGUACCUGAACGCUCGUGCCUGUCUCCUGGAGGGCAACCACAUCGGGCACUUCUCCGACUGCCCCUACUCUCCGCCCGUCGACUUCUGA